UUAAUGCACUUACACAAUGCUUAGAAGAGAGUGAGGGGUCUGCCACACAGUACACUCUCAUUUUAGACUCCUGGAUGUCUUCUGGUCCACUGCCAUCAUGAACUUAAAGCUCCUCUUCUUUUGCCUCUUCUUAGCAGUGCUCCUCAUACCUGCUGAAUGUAAACAUGGAAAACACAAACAUCGGGAACAUCAUCGACAUCGGGAACAUCAUAAACACAGCCCACACGAAAAGACCAAAACACUAAAGUUUAAGGACAUAAUUGAAGAUUUCUUCUUUCAGAUUCUAGAAGGUGCUGCUCAAGAUGAUGAUGAAGAGGAAGAGGAUCAUUCAGACUGGCUUUUUGAACUUCAAGAGCCAGAGGGCCAAUGCAACCCAAAUCCUUGCCAGAACAAUGGUGUGUGUAAGGAGAAAGGCAAGAGAAAAUUCAAAUGUGACUGUCCCAAACCUUUCAAGGGGAAAAAAUGCCAAAAAGGUCCAAAACAUUGUAAGAGAGGUCGAUGUGGGCGUGGUGAGUGUGUGCUGACUUCGACCCCUCCUUACUAUGAGUGCAAAUGCAAGCAGCCCUUCCAGCCUCCAGACUGCAGAAGUGUUGCCGUGUGUGAGCCUAGUCCAUGUAAAAAUGGUGGCACAUGUGUCAGGGAUGGGAAUGACUUUGACUGCCAGUGCCCUCCAGGGUUCAGAGGACGUUUCUGCCACGUUGGCCCAGAUGACUGCUUUGAAGAUGAUGGAGAAUCAUAUCGUGGUAACGUGAGCGAAACAGAUGAUGGUGACGAGUGCCUCUACUGGAACUCUCACUUCAUCCUGGCAUCAGGUGUUGAUCCCUUCAACUCCUUUGAGGACAAAGAUGGACUUGGCCCUCACAACUUCUGCAGAAACCCGGACGGAGACUCAAUGCCGUGGUGUUUUUUCAGAAGAGGCCACAGGUUGCUGUGGGACUACUGUGAUGUGACUGAGUGUCCUGAACCAACAAAUGUGCCGCCAACUGAUGUUGUCCCUUCAGCUCCUCAACCCACAUCUGAUAAGCCAGCACCAACUACCAUAGCACCACCACCGGUGAAAACCACCCAGUCUGCACAGCCUUCUGCUACACCCACCAAUAUCCCCACAAGUAUCCCCACGAGUGUCCCCACAAGUAUCCCCACCCCCAGUGCCACUGAUCUACCGCAGGACUUUCUCACCUGUGGUAAGCCUCAGCCAAAAAAGGCUAUUACCCGAAUCUACGGGGGUCUGAAAGUCCCUCCAGGGGCGAUACCCUGGCAGGUGUCCUUGCAAGAGAAACCAAGUGGCUCCAGUCAGCCGUUCAGACACACCUGUGGAGGAGUUCUCAUCGCGAGUUGCUGGGUACUGACAGCUGGACACUGCAUUCAACCAAACCAGGACAUGCAGGUGAUGAUGGGAAGUCUGUCGCAGGAUAUGUCCGACCCCAAUGCUCAAAUCUUACAAGUUGAACAGGCUAUUAGACACGAGGGCUACAGGGACACACCUUCAGCUGUUUACAAUGACAUAGCUUUGUUAAAGCUCAAAGGGACUAAUGGAGUUUGUGCCAAUGAGACCCAGUUUGUGAAGGCAGCCUGCCUGCCAGAUGCGCAACUGCCUGAUGGGAUGGAAUGUACCAUUUCUGGAUGGGGUGCCACUGAGCAAUCUAAGUAUGGUAGCAACCACCUCCUGGAGGCCAAUGUACUGCUGAUCAGCCAGGAAAAGUGCUCUGAACCCAAAAUUUAUGGCAAUGUCCUGGAUAAUAGCAUGUUCUGUGCUGGUCACCUGCAGGGAGGGGUGGAUUCCUGCCAGGGGGAUUCCGGAGGACCACUGACUUGUAAGCAGACCGACACCCAUGUUGUUUAUGGUCUGGUGAGUUGGGGAGACCAGUGUGGGAAGAAGAACAAGCCUGGGGUCUACACACGGGUCACUCACUUUGUGGACUGGAUCAAAUCAAACAUGCAAGCACAGGGUGCCUAACCAAACUCUGUUAGUCAUCAGCGUGUGAGACAGUAUCACCAAGGACUUGGUUCAGGUCUCCAACAGUACUGGAAGAUCUAAUUCUAUUUGAUGCAGUUAUCAAAGAAAUGAUGCGCGGAACAGGAAAAGAUUCAAUAAAUUUAAGAUAUUGCUGCCCUGAACUCUUUAAGGGUGAAAGUAUCAGAUUUAGUUAUUAAUCAAGUGUAGUCUUUUUUAGUGGUUGUAUUUGUAAGUAAUGUCAGAAAAAAACACUACAAUGAAACAACUGGUGACAGCGGCCUUUGUAAUCUUGCUUUUCAUGAGCAUGCCUUUCAAUAAACAAAUACCAAAUGUU